UCAUCAUAAUAUAAUAUAACUAUUAACUAAUUUAAUCAAACAACAUUACUUAAAGUAUGAUAAUAGGUGAAUUCACUCUUAAUAUUAAAAGUAACAACCCAGGGUUGGUUCAGCUUAACAUAAAUUUGCUGUGUUGUGCGUGGGUCAGAGAGAGUAAACAAAAUAUACCUAGUGCGCUGACAUCCUCUUAAUUCUUAAUCUUUUCCGAUGGGCGAUGACAAUAACUUGUGCCGGAAAACGGGAACUCUCAACUUGGAAAGUAUUAUAUUCUUAUUAGCAUUUAGUGGCGCGUUCACCUCUCAUCAAAAAGUCGGUGGUUGGUCGGCGAAGUUCGGAAACUUAUCGCUGAUAUCCGACGUACGUACUUAUGGUGACUGCAGGGGAGGGGAAACGUUUCGACUUUCGGUCUCAACCACGUGGCUAUGUCCGAGGCCCUUGCCCGCCACUCUCGUUUUAAGAAAUACGAAUAAAACAACCAAAAAUAAUAUUUAUUAUUAUUUAUACCGAUUACCAUUCAUUUUAAUUUAUAAAUAAGUUGUUAAUAUAUUUUUAUAUUUAAUAAGUAAUUAUAAUCAAAAUUCAAUGGUAACGAUUACGAUUAACGGUGGAUAUUCAAUGACGACCUGUUAUACCGGCCUAUAUCAGUUUUCGGCUGUCGUUCAUCUUUGAAAAUGAUUCAAACGUCAAUUAAUAUGCAUGUUUCCACUGGUUCCAGUAACGACUUGGAUCGUCAAAUCGAACAGCUUAGACAAUGCGAAAUCAUUACGGAACACGAGGUGAAAACAUUGUGUUUAAAAGCACGCGAAAUACUCAUCGAAGAGAGCAACGUUCAACGUGUCGACUCACCCGUCACCGUAUGUGGAGAUAUUCAUGGACAGUUCUAUGAUUUAAAAGAAUUGUUUAAAAUAGGCGGUGACAUUCCUGAAAGAAAUUAUUUAUUUAUGGGUGAUUUUGUUGACCGAGGAUUCUUCAGUGUUGAGACAUUUUUACUUCUACUUGCCUUAAAAGUACGAUAUCCUGAUCGGAUCACAUUAAUACGUGGUAACCAUGAAUCACGACAAAUCACUCAAGUAUAUGGAUUUUAUGACGAAUGCCUACGAAAAUACAAUAGUGUUGCUGUAUGGCGAUAUUGUACCGACAUUUUUGAUUAUCUAAGCUUAUCUGCUAUUAUCGAUGGAAAAAUAUUCUGUGUGCAUGGUGGUUUGUCACCUUCAAUACAAACAUUGGAUCAAAUUAGAACUAUUGAUAGAAAACAGGAAGUUCCCCACGAUGGACCUAUGUGUGAUCUAUUAUGGUCAGAUCCUGAAAAUUCUCAGGGAUGGGGUGUGAGUCCUCGAGGUGCUGGAUACCUAUUUGGUUCUGAUGUUGUCUCCCAAUUCAAUAUUACAAAUGAUCUAGAUAUUAUUUGUCGAGCUCACCAAUUAGUCAUGGAAGGUUAUAAAUGGCAUUUCAAUGAAACUGUCCUUACUAUUUGGUCGGCACCCAAUUAUUGUUAUCGGUGUGGUAAUAUUGCUGCAAUAUUAGAACUCAAUGAAACACUUCAAAGAAAUUUUAUAAUAUUCGAAGCAGCUGUACAAGAGAGAUGUGGAAUGCCAACAAAAAAAUAUACAGCUGACUAUUUCCUUUAAAUAUUUUCUAAUUCUUAAUAUAUUUAAUUUUAAUAUACAACGUGUAAUAGAGAAGGAAUUGUUCAACACGUUUAUUUCAUUAUAUUUUGUAAAGAUAAUGACGAUAAAGUGAUGUAUUUUUUUUUUAAGGAAAAAUAUUUGUAUUUGUUAUAAUUAAGCAACCAUAUAAUUUAAAAUUUUUUAUACAUACUUUACAUUGAAAUAAAUGGAGUCAUGCAUUAUUGU